AUGGCCAAGUACCAUGCGGUUCCGAUGGGCGUCCUCAACUCAGUGUUUUUGCAUCGUGAUGAAGCCUAUCGUGUAUAUGUUGAGACCAACAUGAAGGUGGAGACUGCUCUGAUCAACACAUUUGAAUGCUCUGCGCCAGGUUACCAAUGCCGUAUCGCCCCAUACAAGAGGCUGACGAAUGAAUCUUCGCUGUUGUGUGUGUCACUGAACCCAUCUGCCUCUUGGGGAACCGCCCCUCCAUCUGUUGUCUACGAGUCGAGCAUCAAUGUAACAAUACUACUGAAUAGUGACCCGGAGUACUACAUCGGUGUGGCCUCAGUGUUCCACAACACACAACCCCAGGGUUUGAACAUCCAGACCUACCAACUCGGCAAUUAUACUGGCUCUCAGUUGAUGAUGAAGGAUUGGGUAUCCAUUGCCACAUCAACCAAGUACACUGACUACUUCUACGAUCCAUACAACGACCCUAAUUUUGGAAAUGAGAGAAGCAGCGUCAAGCCAGUCUUGGGAUCACCCGACACCAAUACCCAGACCCUCAUUCUUGGCUGGGCCGAUGGCAAUUUGGAAGAAAUCCUCGUAUAUGAGACUGUUGGCAAUGGUACCAGAGCCGAUUCCUUCGAUCCACGAUUCGAUACCAUUCCAAUUCUUAUUCCCUCGUUGACUCCAGGACCAGUUGAAUCAGACUUCUACGAGUUCAACACAGACUUUGGCCUUGAUUGGUACAAAAAAUGCAUGUAUGAUCUUGGCCAAGGUAUCAACUUUGAUGACAUGCUCUAUCCUUAUGGCGCAACAUCAUUCAAUGAUACGACGGGUGUCUCGAUGAGCAUGACCUUCCUCCAAUCCGUCUACUUUAUGCCCGCAGUCAUACUCCAAUGCGGCAACAACAAGUAUCACAGCAUUCAAUUCAACAACAGCAACAACAACCUGGCCGACAAGAUCGCACCCAAUGUGCUCAGCAUCGUCUUCCAGAAAAUCAACGACACCACCUACCAUGUGCGCACCGAGAUCAAGGAUGAUAUGAGUGGCUUCUUCAUGAUAACAAUCUUCCUGUCCACUGGCGACUACAUAUUCAUCGACAAGCAGAACAUAGUGUCGGGCGACUACCACCAAGGAUUCUACGAGCAGCUGAUCACUGUCAAGGCCAACUGGGAUGAUGGCAAGUUCUCAAUUUACGCUGCCAACGACUUUGCCAGCAACGUCUACUCCUACAACAAUGGAGAUGAUUUUGUCCAAACCUCCAGGACCAUCCGCUCGUUAACAUCCAUGUGGGAGUUUGAUCUUGACGACAUGACCAAUGUCCACUUUGACACGUACACAAUGAAUGUGAGCGACAGUAGUAUGAGCAAUAGGAUGUACUUCAACUCGACAAAGUUGAACCGAAACUUCAACAUCAGUUUCAUUUAUGGUGUGGAGGCAGAGAACCCACUGUAUAGAUCGAAUGGAGGAUACAAUGAGACACUUGGACUGUUUGUGCUGCCGUUCACUGUUCCAGCCAGGACAUACUCACGUGAGCUUGAGUACUACAUCCAGAUUCAAGCACCAAGCACAAAUGGAUUCGAAAGAAUCCAUAAGUUCGCCCCAAGCAUGAUCAUGGGUGUCACCAUCAUCGACGGCGCAAUGCUCAAAGCCAGAUUCCCCAACUCUGUUGUCAACGUCAUCUCAACAUAUGCUGAUGAGAUGCCACCAAUGAUCAAGAGCAUCAAGGCCUUCCCUGGUACUACAUUCUUGUACCCAACAGAGCCACCCCGUCCAACUCGCCCCACGCCAGUCAAGAAGUACGACCCUACCAAACAUUCUUUGAGCUAUCGGGUGGCUGCCACUCAAUCAACGAUGAUUGGAUGGAACCUCGUAAUCGAGGACCAGGAGAAUGGUUUUGAGAGAGGGCACAUCAACGUUUCCAGUAGUGCCGAUGGAAGUGUUCGUCGUGUGGACUUCAAGUUGUCCGAUCGAUCACCCACCUCCAACGCAACAAUCGGAGAGUACUUUGUUGGAUUCUAUAUCAAUGAUGAUUUCAAAUCACAAACGUUCACCAUCCAAGAUAUGCAACUUGUGGAUUCAUCCCAGAACACUGCCACAAUCACCCGCGGCACUGGUGCAGUGUCAAUGUCCGUCUCGCCCUUGGCCUACAUCCAAGGAGCUGACCUCCUUCAACUUUCAAUCAAACUUACAACAAACAACCCAGACUUGUCCCCUCCGACAUUGACCAGCCUGGACAUUCAGAAUUCAACGAUCAAUGUUGGAUCAUACGAUAGAUCAAUGAAGAUUCAGUUCAAGGUCACUGAAUUUGGAACUGGAUACGACAUGUCAAAGCUACCUUAUGUAUAUUUGACUGGCCAUGCCUUUGAGAUAUACACCAUGCAGGCAAAGUUCAUCGCCAUAACUUACCCCAACGAAUACCUCUUUGAGGCCACUGGCUACCUUCCAUACUCAUUCGGUGCGCUCCACGGUCGAGUGUUGGUCAGCAUCUACGGUCUGAUCGACAACAGCCAGAACUACAAAGGAUACUCAACUCAUGACAUCAAUGGCCUUGGUAUCGGUACUCCAUCAAUCAAUAUCACCUUUGAUCACAUACACCCAAUCAUCGAGCAUGUCAGCCUGGGCAAUGGCACCAUCACACUCUACGGCCGCAACUUUGGUUCCGAUCCAGCCAAGCUUGAGAGUCUAUUCAACACGACCAUCGAUGGGCUCCAGGCUAGCUUGCUAAGACCCAACACCACAUUCCACACUGGAAUAAUGUUAGUGUUCCCAUUCAAUCAGAACACCACCAACAUGGCCAUGAUCAUCCAAGUAUGGGCCAACACCCUUCCAUCCAAUCAAGUUGUCUGGGGCAACUCCACCAACGUCGAUCUACCCCCGAUCACCGUACCACCAACCCUUCCCCCAUUCCCCGAGGUGCCCUGUCAAGCCGACACUUGUAACAACGGUGGCACUUGCUCACCUACACAAGGAUGUCAAUGUCCCCCUGAAUGGUACGGCGAGAGAUGCGAAUCUAAGGUCGUCGUCACCAUCCCAACCAUUUCACCGACCACUCCCACCACGACCUUUGAGCACGAGAAUCCAGAUGGCACCAAACUCUUUGGAGAGAUCAAUGUGAUCAAGGUGCGUGAGCUGGACAACAAUGGCAAAGUUGUGGCCUCCCAUGAUCUUGGCAAAUGGAACAUGUCUGGCGACAAUCCCAAUGCUCCAGUCUACAGCACAACAUUUGGAGACAAUGGAUCAAUCAAGGUCACGGUCAGAUGGUUCGAUACUGUAGCGAAUGUGUCAUUCGCAGGCGAGGUCCUGUCCAUGGCGCAGUCCACUCUCAAGUACACCAUCACAGUGGACAGUUACACUUUCAAGUCAAAGAUCAACUCGAUGCAGGUUGUCAUGCAGGCAUUGAUCAACACAUCAGACCCCAACGCAUGUUCCACUCGCCAGUAUGGCCUCACUGACGGCAAGACUCCAAGUGUGUAUUGGAUGCGUGUCAAGGUCCAGAAGUUCAGUCUUUUUGGACGCUUCAUCCAGAAGGCUAUGGUCGAUGAUCGUGUGGCCGUCGUGAGUAACACACUACUCAAUGACUUGUUGGAGGCGCCAGAGUCCCAGACCGCGCAGACAUUGAUCGCCAUCAAUGUGCAGCAGUUUGAGAAGUAUGCCAUCAUGGAUCCCGACUUCCACGUGCUGAUCGACUCGUCUGAUGCCAAGGACUCGGCAACAGACAGAACAUGUCCAUCAUCCGGCAAGAAGUUGACGGCAUUGGCAAUUGCAGGAAUAGUUGUGUUGUGUGUUGCCAUUGUUAGUGCCAUCGUUCUUGUUGCCGUGUGGCGACACAGAAAGAUGAAGGUGCACCGUAAAGAGGAAAGAAGGUUAGCCAAUAGGUUGUCAGAGUUGAACAAAUCAAUUAAUAAUAAAUAA